AUGGGCCAGAAGCAAAACGCAAAACCACUUGUUUUUAAGAAAAAACAAAAGGAAGUUAAAGUUAUACCUUUAAAGGUAAAAACAAGUGAUACAGGACAGAUAAGACAUUUUACACCUGCAGCUCAGGAAUGAAGAAAUAGUAUUUAUGCUUAUAAUAAAAACUAUGUUAAAUUGUUACCUGUAGCUGAUAAUAAUUUUAUGAGCUUAAUAAAAAGUUAUUUUAAUUUUUAUUUUAAAAAUAAAAAAAAAGCUAAAAAAAGUAGUAAAAAAGGUCAACAAAAUAUAUCUAGACGUAAACGUAGUAGAUCUAGAGGACUAUCUGCCAAGAAAAUCUUUGUAGCUAAAGGAGAUUUAAAACAUACUAGUUCUAAAGCAGUUGUUACUUUAUAUUUUUAUAAUACAGAAAAAAAAUUUUUAAUUAGAAAGAUUAAAAAACAAAUUUUUGAUUUAUAUAGGCCCAAUAAACGCCUAAAACGGUUUAUUAAUGUGGAUAGAAACAAUAAAGAGAUCGUAACUUAUAACAGACCCUUUAGUCUUAAAGAAUAUAUGAGAAUACCUAGUCAUUACACAGAUUAUGUGACACUAUUUAAGAAGUCUUUUGUGGAAAAAUUCUGUAAAUAUUUUGAUCUGACAAAUAAACAUAUUAAUUUAAUAUCUAAUUUAGUUGAAAGCAAAGUAUUAAGUGAGGAUGAAAAACUAUUAAUUUUUAAGCGUAAACUUAAUAGUCUUGUUCGUAUCAAAUACCCGGAUUAUACGGAUUAUAUGCGUAAGGUUAAAUUACAUUAUCUUAAUAAAUUAACUAUAUGUAUAAAAUUACUUACACUUAACCAGAUUAAGUUUAAGCAUGCCUUCUUAUUAAAACUAAGAUAUCUGGUUAGCCUAAUUUAUAACAAAAAUGUAGUAUUUAAUCUAGUUAAUUUGAAAAAAAUGCAUUUAAAUAGUGAUAUUUUUACGCAAGCUGUUUCUUUAAAAUUAAAGAACAGAGAGAAUAGAUUAUAUAGAGUGUUAAAAAAAUCAUUAAAUAAAGUUAAAUUACCGAAUAUAAGUAUAAUAAAAGAAAAAUCUCUUGCUCACGGCUCCGGCAACAAAAAUAAUAAUGAACAGCUCUUAAAUAAAAUGAGAAACCUUAAAAUUAAUUCAUUGUUUACUUUUGACUCCGCCUUUGCCCAGAGAGAUCUUUUAAAUAAGUUACUCUUAAGUAUUUUUCCUUAUGCCUUGGACCAGCAAGUUUUGGCUACAUCAGAAGCAGGUAAUUUAAAAAAAGAAAUUAAAAGUAGAAGAUCACUUGCUUCUGUUUUCGAAGAAAGAAAUGAGCGUCCUGUUUCAUUAAGGAAUUAUAUACUUAGAUCUUUAAAGCACAUGAAGAUGCGUGGUAUUAGAAUAGAAGCUAAAGGUAGAUUGACCAGACGGUUUACUGCUUCUAGAUCUGUUUUCAAGAUGAAAUGAAAAGGUGGUUUAAAAAACGUAGAUUCUUCCUUUAGAGGAUUAUCAGCAGCAAUACUGAGAGGCCAUGUAAAAUCUAAUGUACAAUAUUCAAUGCUUCAUUCCAAGAAUCGAAAUGGAGCGUUUGGAGUUAAAGGUUGAGUAAGCAGUAAAGAUUAUAACUAA